AAUUGUUUUAUUUUUUUUUUUUUUCGUCGUGAUGAUGAAAAUCGCAUUUAUGGCAUCAAAACUAACUUUCUCGUCGAAAACUAUCAAUUUUCAACCUUGAUCCACAGUAUACAUGAUAAUAAGGUAUCGAAUCUCGACAUCACUAAAUGCAUUAUAUAACUUUGUUAUCUUCUCCGGCAUAAUAGGUGUAAAUAUAAGUACAGAUUAUUUCGUAAUUGCUUAUGUAGGUCAUACGAAACUCGUUUCUUCGCGAUUUUAUAUUGAACGCCUUCGGCAUUUUCGUCGCGUUUUCAAUAUCAUAUCUCGAUCUAAUAUUGUCUCAUUAAAAUUUUCCCUUUAUUUAAAAAAUAUCGAUGUGUGAUUCCUAGAUAUUAAUUAUUUAAAUUUAAAUUGUUAUUUUAUUCCGGAAUGUUAGCGUUAAUUUUUGCUUCAAUUAAUUCGGUUUAAUCUAUUUCUUCAAAUGCUUUACAAAUUGCAGAACAGUUAUCAUGAUUAAAAUUUAUUUUACAGCUUUUCAAAUCAAUUUUUGUUAUUUUCAAAAUUCAGAAGAUAACACAAAGUAACAGUUGUUAAAUAGAAUUAAUUUAAGUUUUUAUCCAGAAUCAUAUUAAAACACUUAAAAAAUACAUAUUACAUUCCAGAGUUAAAUUACACUCUGUAGCGAAAGUUCAAAUAUCAUUUCAUACUUUAUAUACGCCUUACGUUUAAACCAAUUUACACCAAUUAUGUUUACACAUCGGUCGAAAGCAUAUGUGUAUUUUUUUGUGGGUUACGUCAAUUGGUAUUGUAAAGAAAAAAUAUUGACAAAUGUACAUAUAACAAGUUGACAUCGACAAAUUGUGUACAAAAAACAAAUUCUGACAUCGACAAAUUGUGUACAAAUAACAAAUUCUGACAUCAAUAAAUUGCAAUGACAUAUGGUAUUUUUGUCAAAACGCAUGAGAAGUGGUCGACCUUGUCAUUUUUUCUUUCACCCUAUUUCGGCCAAGUCACGCAGAUGAGAUUACAGAGAUGCAAUUCGAUCUCACGAUCAGUAGUUAAGCGAAUUUCGCGGGAUAAACACGAGUCUUCUACCAAUCGUUCGUUAAGAAUUUAAUUUCUCACUUAAGUAUAAUUCGCGUUUUCGAAAGUUUUUAUCAAAAGAGAAAAGCAACAACGCCUUUAUAUACACGAUCAUAACAGGUAUAUUUUUUUAUUUGUUAAAUUAAAAAAUGAAAAAAAAUAUACGUUUGAUUUUUAGUGAUCAUCUGUAAUAAUUGUCUCAUUUGAAUCAAUUUGUCUAUUUAAAUUGCAUAAUCGAAGAUAUCAAAGAUACAACAAAAAAAUUUGAAAAUAAUAAAAAAGAUAUCAGAAAUAUGCUCAUAUAUUGUAAAUACGGAGCUUGUGUGAAAAAGCAUGUAGAACAAAAUUUUAUUCGGCUGUCUUACAAUUGUUGAACAUUUCUUAAAGAUUAUAUGUCUUAAAAAGAGUGAGAUAAUCGAGUUAAACGACCGACAAUAAGUAUUGCGUUAUCGAUAUGUAAUAUGUUGUAAUAAGCUCUUCUCAUCUCGAGUUUCUUCAAAUAUAACUUCGAAUACACGAGAAAGAUGCAAUCUCGUUCAGUUACAGCAUUUUAAACCGCUAAUUAGUAUUCACUUUGCAUUCUUCUAUUUUAUAUUACUUGCGUCAUGUGUCCGUGAUCGUAAAGAGGAUACCAACAGUUGACGUACUUUACCCUGAUGCUAUUCAAAUCUACAACAAUCUUGAAAGAUAUUGCAGUUGCUUAUUGACAUUGCAUUCUUAAUGCAAUAAAGUGCUAUUACAUGAACCGUUGAUUUUUUGUGCCAAUUGUGCAUUUGUGAUAUAAAUUGUGCCUGAAGAUCGCAUUUGCAGUCUAAAUAUUAUUCAAGUUAUAUCGAAGAUUAUGCUUUGAUAUGUCAAGAUCAGAUCCGUAUUAAAAGUGAUAUCUCAAAAUCAAGAUCUUCCAAGAAAUCGAAGAUUCUCUCUCUCGAGGAAGACUAUCUCAGGAAUUCAUCUCGCGACUCGACUGUGUUUAAUGUCAACAUUCCAGCUAUUUAUAGGGAAAAAAAUCGACAAACUACAGUACUGGAGAUUGAAAUGCAGAUGAUUUAAAAUUGGGAAAAAAUAUCAACAUACCGUACACGUAUUUAACAGAAGAUCAGAAGCAAAGAUUUAUCUCACGUGUGAUAAAAAAGACGCAACUUCGUGAGAUGCUCAAGUCCUGCUUGAUGAUCUUGUGCCUGGGAUACGCCGGUGGGAUCUUGCCACCGGGUAUUUUCGAGGUGAUCGAUCACUUCUUCUUAGGCUUCCCGCCGCUACCAAAAACGCCGGGGCAGAAGGAGACACUCGAUUACACCCUUCCCUUCGACUUCCUGGUGAUCGGCGCCGGCUCGGCGGGAUCCGUGCUCGCGAAUCGCCUGACCGAGAAUCCCGACUGGAACGUCCUGGUGCUCGAGCAGGGCAACGACGAGAUCUUCCUCACGGAUAUUCCCUUGCUCGCACCGGUCCUUCAUAUCACGGACUAUGCCCGCGUGUACAGGAGCGAGCCGCGGCCGCAGGAUGCGAAUGGCCACGGUGGAUACUGCCUGUCGAUGAACGAAGGCCGUUGCAACGUAGUAUCCGGGAAGGCGGUCGGUGGCACCUCGGUGGUGAACUUUAUGAUCUAUUCGAGAGGAUCGCCGAUCGAUUACGAUGCCUCGUGGGCGUUUGAUAAUCCCGGCUGGAGUUACGAGGACGUGCUGCCGUACUUCAUUAAGUCCGAGAGGUGCAAGCUGAUCGAUAAAGACGCGAGAUACCAUGGAUACGAUGGAUACCUGGAUGUCACAAACCCUCCUUACGCCACUCCGCUGAAGGAACGUUUCUUGAAAGCCGGCCAAGAGCUCGGUUACGAUCUGGUAGAUUACAACAGCGAGAGGCUCAUAGGUUUCUCGACCAUCCAAACGACUAUGCGAAACGGGCACCGGGUUAGCGCCAGCAAAGCCUUUCUCAGGCCGAUUCUCCGCCGAACAAACUUUUAUUUAUCCAAGUUUUCGACGGUGACGAAAAUUGUUAUUAAUCCAAAGACGAAAACAGCCGUGGGCGUCGAAUUCGUAAAGAAUCGUAAAACAUAUUUUGUCUCCGCUACUAAGGAGAUUAUACUCUGUGCAGGUGCUCUCAGUUCACCGCAGUUACUGAUGCUGUCCGGAAUAGGUCCAAAGAAUCAUUUGAGCUCCUUAGAUAUCCCUGUAAUAGAGGAUCUUCCGGUGGGAUAUAAUUUACAGGAUCACGUGAGCAUGUCAGCUUUAACGUUUCUAGUCAACGAGAGCGUGGCCAUUGUCGAACAGCGUCUAGGUUCCAGUCCGGCUAGUUUCCUGGAGUAUCUGAUACAAGGCAUAGGUCCUUUGACAAUACCCGCAGGCGCCGAAGCAUUAGCUUUCAUUAACACUAAGGCUCAUUUGAGUAAAACGCGGAGGAAAGAGUCAAAGCUUAAAUCCAUUAUCCAGGGUAUAAAUGUACGCGGAAACAGCAAGCGACAGUAUGAAGACGACUAUCCCGAUAUCGAGCUGUUGUUGGGCGCGAGCUCGUUAACCGGUGAUAUUUCCGGGUCUUAUCGCAGUUUGCUCGGAUUAACGGAGGAUUUUCGCGAAGAGGUUUUCGGUGAUUACAACGGCUUGGACGCUUUCACGAUCGUGCCUGUGCUUUUGCGACCCAAAAGUCGCGGUAGACUCACUUUGAGAAGCACCGAUCCAUUAGAUUCGCCGAUCGUCGAUGUCAAUUAUUACGAUCACGUGGAUGAUCUAAAUACAAUGGUGCAAGCUAUAAAGAUAGCGAUCGAAGUAGCUUCCACGAGAGCGUUUAAACGUUACAAUGCCACGCUGCUACCGGUACCGUUUCCGGGAUGCAGACACGUUGCUUUCAAGAGCGAUCCGUACUGGGCCUGCGUCGCCCGUCAUGUAUCGACGACUAUAGCCCAUUACUCGGGCACGUGUAAGAUGUCCACACGGAGGAAUUUGGGCGUGGUGGACCACAGGUUACGGGUGCACGGGAUCAGCGGUCUCAGGGUCGCGGACGCCAGUAUCAUGCCGACCAUAAUCGCCGGUCACACGACCGCGCCCGCGUACAUGAUCGCCGAGAAAGCCAGCGACAUGAUCAAGGAGGACUGGAAAGAUUCUGCUCCGUGAAUCACUCACACACACACUCACACACGCACACAUAUACACAUGGGUGUG